AUGUACGACGAAGAAGGAGAUGAGAUAGUCGAACUUGUACUUAAUUUUUACCCUUUCGAUAACUCCGUUCAAAUAAUCAACACGAAAAAAGGCAAAAACCUUUUAAGACGUGUUCAACUGCCUCCCUUAAAACUAGAAAUGCUCCAAAUCGGGAAUAUUGUGAAUAUAUUCUCGAAACUUUUGUACAUAAGGGAUUGUGCGCCGAUAACUCGACGAACGUUAUUUAAGAAUCAACAAAGCAUUAUUAUAGACUAUGUAACUGGAGGUGAAGUGAUAGGGUUAGAAUUGGUGGCUCCAGAUGCUGUGAAGAAAUGGCGCAAAUGUUUAGGCGCUACCGACCCAGCGGAGGCAGCACCGGGAACCCUGAGAAGUUUAUAUGGUGAAAAUAUACUAAAGAACGUUGCGCACGGUUGUAACACUUUAGAAGAUGCUACUCAGAUGAUAGAACUGUUCUUCGGCUAUGAUAAAGGGGUACCAAGAGUCCCAUUCAGGGCUACAUUUAAAGACUGUAGCUGUUGCAUAAUAAAGCCACACGCUGUUAUAGAUGGCAACGUGGGUGCUAUCCUAGAAGUAAUUGCGACUUCCACCAAAUUCUUUAUAGCAGCCAUCGCCAUGUUCUCCGUUAAACUGACGAACGCCGAAGAGUUUUACGAAAUUUAUAAAGGUGUUUUGCCGGAGUAUGAAGCUAUGUGCAUUCAUUUAGCUGAGGGGAAAUGUGUUGCACUUGAAGUGAAAUGUAAUGAACCAAGCUUAAAUUGUGUUUGUGAAUUUAGAAAACUAUGUGGGCCCAGGGAUCCAGAUUUAGCAAGACAGCUUUACCCUGAUUCCAUUCGAGCACAGUACGGAAAAACUAUUCUUCACAAUGCAGUUCACUGUACUGAUUUGCCUGAAGAUGGUGAAACGGAAGUAGAGUAUUUUUUUAAAUUAUUAGCCAAUGACUGA